UUCCAUACCGUUGGCUCUCUCUUCCUCCUCAUCUCUCUCCCAACCUAACUGCGUGCCGUGGCUGGAGCUCUCAUGGCCGCCACUGCCUCCAACAUCGGUGCCAUGGGCGCUUCUUUUCCUCCGCUGCGACGGCCACUUCUAAAUUUUCCCUCUCCACAUAGAAGACUAUCCAGUCCGCUUCUUUGCUGCGUCGGCCCGUCUUCUCAAGUCGGCGCACUCCGUUCUCAAGUUCUUAGGAGGAAUGUGCUGUCUUCUCUCUUCACAGCUACAAUCUUCCCACAACUUGGUUUGAGCGGGGUCAGCAUAGCUGAACCGGCAAAUGAAUUUAAAGAAUACAUAGAUAUAUUUGAUGGUUACUCGCUAUUCUAUCCCAAAAAUUGGAUCCAAGUUCGAGGUGCUGGUGCUGAUAUAUUCUUCAGGGACCCUUUUGUUCUUGAUGAGAACUUAUCAAUAGAAUUGUCUUCGCCUUCAUCAUCUAGAUAUAUGAGUGUUGAAGAUUUAGGACCUCCAGAAUCAGCGGCAGAGAAAGUCAUGAAGCAAUAUUUGACGGAAUUCAUGUCUACCAGAUUAGGCGUUCGUCGUGAAUCAAGUAUUUUGUCUACAUCCUCAAGGGUUGCUGAUGAUGGGAAGCUCUACUAUCAGAUUGAGGUAAAUAUCAAAUCAUAUGCAAACAACAAUGAGCUAGCAGUAAUGCCUCAGGACAGAAUAGCUCGAUUAGAAUGGGAUAGGCGAUACCUCUCGGUUCUCGGUGUUGGCAAUAACCGCCUGUAUGAAUUGAGGUUGCAAACCCCUGAAAGUGUGUUUGUGGACGAGGAGAAAGAUCUAAGAAAAGUGAUGGACUCCUUCAGAGUCAUCAACUCAGUAGAUUGAAAUGGAUGCUUUCCAGCUUUCAGGCCUAAAGUGGUAUCUUGAAGAAUAUCCUGGACCCCAAAUUUUUGUGCUAUAUUUUAUUUUGGAAGCUGUUGAAAAACUGCUUGUUCCAUUAGCUUAUGACAGUUUUUAGGUGUUACAGCCAAAUCAACUGGGCUCUAGUGUUCUAUCCUCAUUUUUCUUUAGCAACAGCGAGGGUCACAGUAGUAAAAAAAAUUCAUUUCCAUGUUUUUGAAUAGGAGCAUGUAUAAAUUGGGGCUAAAAAUCAUUCAGGAGCCUAGAAGCCUAAUUCUACCCAAUACUGGUCAGCUAAUCUAAUCAGACUGGGCAAUGAUGAGUGAUUCUGUAUUGAUUGCGGUGAAGCUAGCAGGUUGGAGUAAGCGUGUGUUAAUUAUUAAGAGAUUCAUGAAGAACCAUUUGAUUGUAGUUUAUUAAAGUUGUCGGUGGCUUAUUUAUUCAGAAAUUGCUGAUCACAAAAAGGUUAUAAGUUUGUUUGGGCA